UCUUCCUGCGACGGGCCUGGCGGUUCUGUCGCCAUGUGUUUCUGUGGCUCGCUUCAGGAUCCGCGUGAUUUCUCCCAAGUGAUCCUCGACAGUCCGGGGAGGGUGCUGACGGAGUCCAAAAAAUUCUCCUUGAAGCCGGGGUGCCCUGGCGGACCCUCAAGGGACCAGCUGAGACAUAAGACAGAGUCUCUGUAAUUAUUUCUAACAUCGGUUUCAAAAUUUACCUUUGGAUAACAGUCCAAUUAUAUGAAAUUAUGGCUGGUUAUAAGCCAGUAGCUAUUCAGACAUAUCCUAUACUUGGUGAAAAAAUCACCCAAGAUACACUGUACUGGAACAACUAUAAGACCCCUGUUCAGAUCAAGGAGUUUGGUGCAGUGUCAAAAGUAGACUUUUCUCUGCAGCCUCCAUAUAAUUAUGCUGUAACAGCUUCUUCAAGGAUUCAUAUUUAUGGCCGAUACUCCCAGGAACCUAUAAAAACCUUUUCCCGAUUUAAAGAUACAGCGUACUGUGCUACUUUUCGGCAGGAUGGUAGACUGCUUGUGGCUGGCAGUGAAGAUGGUGGAAUUCAGCUUUUUGAUAUAAGUGGGAGGGCUCCCCUCAGGCAGUUUGAAGGCCAUACUAAAGCAGUUCAUACAGUAGAUUUUACAGCUGACAAAUACCAUGUGGUCUCUGGGGCUGAUGAUUAUACAGUUAAAUUCUGGGAUAUUCCAAAUUCCAAAGAACUUCUGACAUUCAGGGAACAUUCUGAUUAUGUGAGGUGUGGAUGUGCUAGCAAACUGAACCCUGAUCUCUUUGUAACAGGUUCAUAUGAUCAUACUGUGAAGAUGUUUGAUGCACGAACCAACAAAAGUGUUACUUCCGUUGAGCAUGGGCAGCCUGUGGAGAGUGUCCUGCUUUUUCCCUCUGGAGGUCUUCUGGUAUCAGCAGGAGGUCGUUACAUUAAAGUCUGGGACAUGCUUAAAGGAGGACAGUUGCUAGUGUCUUUGAAAAAUCAUCAUAAAACUGUGACAUGUUUAUGUCUGAGCAGCUGUGGACAGAGAUUACUCUCUGGCUCACUGGAUAGGAAGGUGAAAGUGUAUAGUACAACAUCCUAUAAAGUAGUCCACAGUUUUGAUUAUGCAGCUUCAAUUUUGAGUCUUGCACUUGCACAUGAAGAUGAGACAAUAGUUGUAGGAAUGACCAAUGGAAUACUGAGUGUUAAACAUCGGAAAUCUGAGGCAAAGAAGGAUUCUCUUCACAGGAGAAGAAGGCCUGCAUAUCGAACUUUCAUUAAAGGAAAAAAUUACAUGAAACAACGGGAUGACAUUUUGAUCAACAGGCCAUCAAAGAAACACCUAGAAUUGUAUGAUAGAGACCUGAAAAAUUUCCGGAUCUCUAAGGCCCUGGACAGAGUCCUUGAGCCCAGUUGUACAAUAAAGACACCUGAGAUUACAGUUUCUAUCAUAAAAGAGCUAAGUCGAAGAGGAGUCCUUGCAAAUGCUCUUGCAGGUCGGGAUGAAAAGGAAAUCAGUCGUGUUCUUAAUUUUUUGAUAAGGAAUCUGUCUCAGCCAAGAUUUGCUCCUGUUUUGAUCAAUGCUGCUGAAAUAAUUAUUGAUAUAUACCUGCCUGUGGUUGGUCAGUCACCUGUAGUUGAUAAAAAGUUUUUGUUACUUCAAGGGCUUGUAGAAAAGGAGAUUGAUUACCAAAGAGAACUACUAGAAACCUUGGGGAUGAUGGAUAUGCUUUUUGCUACCAUGACGAGGAAAGAAAGCACUUCUGCAUUGCAGCAUACAUCUGAUGGGUUUCUGGAGAGCAAGAAGCUAGAAUCAUAAUGUUGCUUAGUAAGACACAUGAGAACUCCUAAGUUGGAAUAGAUUUGAUUCUAUUAGUGAUUGAAAAGAGAUUCUCUGAUACAUUGACAAAACUUUUUAUGCAAGUAAUUUUAAGAAAGAGACUGGAAUAACUAUGAUUGGAAAUAUGUACCUGUUUUAAGACACGGUUUUUUCCACAUAAUAUUUUGAAUAACCUCAUGGCAUCUUUUGCCAGAAGAUUACAGUUUUCUCAGUCAUAGUUUACCUUGGAACAGUUGAUACUAAUUUUAAUACAGUAUAGUACUGUAUCAGCGUUUGUGUAGAAAUUAGAACUCUCAACUGGGAAUCUUGCCUGAGGAAAAGGGCUUGAUUUUUUACUUCUGUCCUGGAAAAUGAUGACGACAAAACAACAAAUAAAUUCUUUCUUCACUCUGA